GAAAUUAUAGUUUUUACAUAAUGGAAGCUCUCUAUCUUGUCACAAAAUUUGGAGGGAAUUGAUCUACUACUAUUUGAGAAGAAUAGAUUCUUUGGUCUAACUCAGGUAUCUUCAGGAUUGGUCUAGAACACGAAGUUGAUGGAUGGAGGAAAUCACUCUGUGGUGUCUGAAUUUUUGUUGCUGGGACUCACCAGUUCUUGGGAGAUUCAGAUUCUUCUUUUUUUGUUUUUUACUAUAUUUUACAUAGCAAGUAUGCUAGGAAACCUUCUCAUUGUGCUCACGAUCAUCUCAGACCAUCACUUACAUUCCCCCAUGUACUUUUUGCUGGCAAAUCUUUCCAUCAUUGACACAGGUGUUUCCAGCAUUGCAAGCCCAAAGAUGAUUUAUGAUCUUUUCAGAAAACAUAAAGUCAUCUCCUUGACAGGGUGCAUUACUCAGCUGUUCUUUAUUCACACUGUUGGGGGUACGGAGAUGGUGCUGCUUAUAGUCAUGGCCUAUGACCGAUACAUUGCUAUCUGUAAGCCCCUCCACUACCUGACCAUUAUGAGCCUAAGAAUGUGCAUUUCUCUUUUGGCUGUUGCUUGGACCAUUGGACUCAUCCAUUCUGUGGCCCAACUGGCUUUUGUUGUAAACUUGCCCUUUUGUGGUCCCAACAAAAUGGAUAGUUUUUAUUGUGAUUUUCCUCGGUUCAUCCAGCUUGCAUGUGUAGACACAUACAGACUGGAAUUUCUGGUCAUGGCCAACAGUGGUUUCAUCUCCAUGGGCACCUUCUUCAUCUUGAUUGUGUCUUACAUCUUCAUCCUGGUCACGGUUCGAAAACAUUCUUCAGGUGGUUCAUCCAAGGCUCUCUCCACUCUCUCUGCUCACAUCACUGUGGUGGUCUUUUUCUUUGGUCCUUGCAUUAUUGUCUAUGUGUGGCCAUUCCCUACGUUACCCAUAGAUAAAUUUUUAGCUAUCUUUGAUGCCCUUAUCACUCCUUUUAUGAAUCCUGUUAUCUAUACAUUCAGAAAUAAGGAGAUGAAAAUGGCAAUGAGGAGACUAUUUGGUAAGAUUCUAAGUUUCAGGAAGAGUUCUUUCAUGACCAAUCAAAGCCAUCCAGAUUCAUCCUGA